AUGAUAGAAUCUAAUCACAGUGAUACUGAGGAGGAAAAUAUGGAUAUACUACAAUUAUCAUCUGAUUCUAUAGAUAAUACAUCAAUGAAAAGACCAAAAGUAAAAUAUUCUGAGCAUGAAAUAGAUUCACCUAAAAAAAAGCAAUGUUCAUUUAAUGAACAGUUAGAUAAUAUAUCAGAAAGUGAUAACUCUGGAACUAUUUUAGAGAAAAAUGAUACAAAGGAUAAUUCAUCCCAAAAGCUUAUUCCAAGUGCAAGUGCGAUGUCUAUUCCUGAAAACGAAGAAGAAAGAACAGGAGGUAAUGAGAUUAAAGAAAUUGACAAAACAAUAGAGACAGCGGAAAAUAACAAGGAGAAUAAAAUGACAAAACGACACAUUGCUAAGAAAUAUAUUAUGGACACAGAAGUGAUAAACGGACUGGAGCUUUCGGUGGAACGUGCGAGUGAUGAAGAAUCCAGUUCUGACAGUGAAAACGAAAAAGAUGCUAAGCCACGACCAAAGACAAUAAUCGAAAAGGCUGAGCCAAAUGAAUCAGAAUUAGACUAUUCAUCAGAAGGAGAAGGAAAGUCUGAUGAUUCGCAAACUGACUCGUUCAAGAUAUCGCAAAAAAACAAGGCGAAAAGAAAAAUCUCGCGAAGAAGUUUUAAUAUAUUAAAGACUUCUGAAUCAGAAGAUAAUCAAAAUAGUAAUUCAGAUGAAACUUAUAAUCCACGGACAAAAAAGAAAAUUACAAAAUCUCCAACUACGAAAAAAUUAACCGACAAACAUCGCUCGGGCGAAUCAAAAAGAGGACGAGGUAGAGAUAUAAGAAAUUCUCACAAAAAAAGUACUAAAUAUGUAUCUGAUGAUGAGAAUACAGCUACAGCAGAGAAAGCUAAUAAAACAGUUCAAAUUAAGAAUGGACAGGAGGAAAAAUUAUCGGAUGUGGAAUCUUCGAAAAGUGAAAGUGACAGUAAUUCUACGGAAGAGAACUCUAUGAAAAGUAAAAAGGGAAGAAAUAAUGCUAUAGAAAAUAAACAGAUAAAACAGAUAAAGUAUCUAAAAAAGUGUUUAUCCUUUCUUGGUGUGAGAUUAUAUUAUCGCGCUUUUACUGAUUGUCGGACUCUUACUGCACAAAUUAAUCGUCUAAAGGAAAUAAUAAAGCAAAAUGGAGUUCAUGGUAGAAUAACGUUUGCAAAAUGUAAACGAGCAAGAGAAGAGAAAGCAAAGAUGAAGGAGGUAUCUGAAUUGGAUAAGUCAAACAUUAUAUCUGAAGGACGAAUUACGCGCGCACGAAGAAAUAGGAAUAAUGUUGAAAGGACACUUCCAGACACAUCACCGCGAAGUCGAGAGUAUAAGAAAUUUAGCCGUAUUCAAACUGUUAUUGAUAGUGAUUCGGAGUAGAGAA